AUGACUUAUAUCAUUAAUAUUCCUGCACCAACUAUAGCAUUUGAUCCAAACUCGACGGUUUGCAGUGUACCUUUCAUAAAGUCGCAAAGCGACCAGGGCGAAGCCCAUGACAGUUCAUUAAUUACUUUAAGGGAUUCGACAGUAAAUGAAUCAUUAAAGGCGUCAUUAAUGAAAAUCAUUGAUUUUAAUUCAUUCAUGAAUACAUAUAAUUCAUUCAUUAAUGUUUCAUAUGCUUCUAAAGAAGGUGAGCCAAAAACUAUCGAUAAAGCGGUGUAUGAAAUAAAAGCAUCAACGACGAAAUUGAAUUCGUUAACUUUUGACGGUGAUAGUUUCGUUAAUGACAUAACAUCGGGGAAAACAAUUUUAACGAAAGAAUAUUUAAAAUCUCAUGUUAGUGAGUUCGUUGAAAUUGAAAAAGAAGGUGGAAUUAAGUUCGAUCCACUGAAUUUCAUUUUCAGCUUAGCGAAUGCGGGUGUUAGUUUCGCUGAAUGGACAACAAUACAGAGUGAAAUAAAUGCAAUAUGGACGUUUUUGGGGUCAAAAGCGGGAAUGGGUGAGCUUGUAAAUGCUGCAAGAACAUUAGGUGAAACAGGAAAUUUUGUAGAUGGUUUUAAAAGACUUGUUUCAAAUGUUUUAACAAACACAAAGAAAUUAUUUAGAUAUACCAUACAUAACGGUCGGAUUUUCGAACAGGUAGCAACAAACCCUCCGGUUAUGGCUGCGUUGAUGAUGGUUAGAGAUAUAAAACCACGUAACGACGGGAACGAAGAACAUGAACAACAGGAUACUGGUCGGGUUAUUCGAGACAUUAAAAACGUGUAUCCUGAAGUUAUUGAUUUAUUUAGAGGAGUUAAUGAUUCAAUUUCAAAACAUUCUAUAACCCUCGAUGAAGAGAAUAAAUUAACAGAUUAUAUAUUCGUCAUUAUUGCAGAAUUAAUGAAGAGAAUAAAUGAAA